AUGCAGGAGGUCGUGGCAGGGACGCCCGACUACAUGGAUCCGGAGUUCGUCAACAACAGGAGGCCGAGCGCGGAGGCCGACGUCUUCAGCUUUGGCGUCGUCCUUCUAGAGCUCGCCUGCGGCCGGCGGCCGACUGCCGCAAGACCAAACGCAACGGCGACUCCGGUGCUGCUUAUUGACUGGAUCCGCGACAUGUACCACAAGAACACCGUUCUUGGAGCGGUGGGCCGGCGGCUGGAUGGUGAGUUUGACGACCGGCAGAUGAGGCGAGUGCUCGUCGCGGGCCUUUGGUGCACGCAUCACGACCAGAGCCAGCGACCGCCGAUCGCAACGGUCAUGGAUCUCCUGCGACGUCAGGAUGCCGAGCUUCCCAUCCUUCCAGAGAUGCAUAGUCCUGCUACUGCCUCGGUCCGUUCCCUUGAAGAAAUAGCUUAUGGCGACUUGGAUUUCGUCCGUGCGCGCGGCCAGCGGGCUCGCGGCGGCUCGCGGCGGGGGGCACGACCACCGGCGUGCGCGCGGCCAGCGAGCUCGCGGCGGGGCUUGACCACCGGUGAUCGAGAGGAGCGGGGGCAGCUGCGCGGCUCACUGACCGGAGAUUGA